AUGCGGUGCAAGCGAUCACGGACGCCUCGCCACUUGACGGAGCAUCCUGCAUCUGCAACGGCCAGUGAUUACUCCGAGGAGAAGCCCACCAUAUUGAAAUAUACUUCUAAGUGUCUUAUUGCACAGAAACAGUGUAUGAGGCAAUCUUUGCAAAUUAUUAUUCGCAAGUGCCCUCCACCAUUCGAGCAUUAUUUCAAUGAGGUGGGAUACCUCACACUGAGACCGCCCGCGUUGUCCGCGGAGGACAGCGAUGAUCGUUGCCCUGGCGGGCUUGGUGUGCUCGAUGUAAUUGCCUGCGAUCCCCCUAUAUUAAGACGUUGA